AUGGUGAAAAUCGGAAAGAAACUUAAAGGGUUUGAUGAAGGGAUAAACAGGCACGACACACACAUAGGGGGUGAAGCACCCCAGGAAAAGGAUACACAAGUGAGGAACGGAGCAGAAGAAAUAAUAGGUCGAGAGUUCAUCACCCUCCUUGGUGAUCAUUUAGGAGAACAGAACUCCACAGAAGCAAUAAACGGACGAAGCCCGCUCGAAGACACCCGGUCACAUAUCUGCUGCAGCAAUGUAGACCAGGAAGAUAUAAACGCGUACGUCGAACGCAAUUAUACGCCCACCCUCUUUACACUCCUUUUGUACAAAGUUUUAAUAACAAAGCCAAAAAACGUAAUCGAUUAUAUUACGGACGAGCUAGCCAUUCUACUCAACCACGAAACAGAAAUGAAAGAAACAAAAGAGGAUAGCCAUGUUGGAACGGACACACACAAUACCAUUCCAUCCAAAGACGAGAUGGACAGCAAAGCUAAUGCGCUAAACGAAAACGAUUUCUCAGUAAAGUACACUCCAACCCAGAUAAUAAAUCAUAAAACGUUUCUUGCAGACAAUUUUAUUACCCUGGAUGAUUUAUUCGACGCAGUGAACCUCAUCAAAAUUGAAAACUGCGAUAAAGUUUACUUUAAUAGUUUAUUAAAAAUUUUGCGCCCUUUCGAAAAUGCUCAGAAUAGGGACAUCCUCUUGAAGGAAAAUGUCCAGCCCAACGAGUGUGUACCGCUUAACUGGGCCCUCUACCUCACCACAACUUUUUACAACAACUGUAUUGGUGGUGCGUCCGGUGUGUAA